GCUGCGGCUCAUACCAACCGUUCUUUUUGCCGGCGGCCCUGAGUCCCCAGGAACUCAUCAUGGCGACGCCCCCUAAACGGCGCGCGGUGGAAGCCACGGGGGAGAAAGUGCUGCGCUACGAGACUUUCAUCAGUGACGUGCUACAGCCGGACCUGAGAAAGGUGCUGGACCAUCGAGACCAGGUAUAUGAGCAGCUGGCCAAAUACCUUCAGCUGAGAAAUGUCAUUGAACGACUCCAGGAAGCUGAACACUCGGAAUUAUAUAUGCAGGUGGAUUUGGGCUGUAACUUCUUCGUUGACACAGUGGUCCCAGAUACUUCACGAAUCUAUGUAGCCCUGGGAUACGGUUUUUUCCUAGAGUUGACACUGGCAGAAGCCCUCAAGUUCAUUGAUCGUAAGAGUUCUCUCCUCACAGAGCUCAGCGACAGCCUCACCAAGGACUCCAUGAAUAUCAAAGCCCAUAUCCACAUGUUGCUAGAGGGGCUUAGAGAACUGCAAGGCCUGCAGAAUUUCCCAGAUAAGCCUCACCAUUGACUUCUUUCCUCCAUUCUCCAACAUUAAAGACCCUGAAUGCCUUUGA